CGCUCACCGCGCUCGCGCUCUUCGCUACCGCCUUCUUUCUUCAGCGGAGGCCGCCGCCGCCGCCUCUCUGUUCCACAGCCAUGGAGUCUUCCACUUUCACCUUGGUGCCUGUCUUUGCCCCGCUGAGCAACUUCCAGAGCCGCCUCCUAGCUGUUGGUUCAGCCUUCUUCAUUGCGACCCGUGCCCAGAGCCCGUGCUGCAGCCAUGUCACUCCUGGCGACCCUGGGGCUGGAGCUGGACAGGGCCCUGCUCCCAGCUAGCGGUCUGGGCUGGCUCGUAGACUAUGGGAAACUCCCCCUGGCCCCUGCCCCCCUCGGCUCCUAUGAAAUCCUUGGGGGAGCCCUGGAGGGCGGGCUCCCAGGGGGAGGAGAGCCCCUGGCAGGUGACGGCUUCUCUGACUGGAUGACUGAGCGGGUGGACUUUACAGCCCUCCUGCCCCUGGAACCCUCCUUACCCCCAGGUGCCCUCCCCCCACCCUCCCCCCCCCCACCUGACCUGGAGGCCAUGGCCUCUCUCCUCAAGAAGGAGCUGGAACAGAUAGAAGACUUCUUCCUUGAUGCACCACUCCUCCCACCAUCCUCCCCCCUGCCUCAGCCGCCGCCACCAGCGCCCUCCCUCCCUCUUCCACUCCCCCUCCCCACCUUUGACCUCCCCCAGCCCCCUGCUCUGGAUACCCUUGACUUGCUGGCUAUCUACUGCCGCAGUGAGGCCGGGCCAGGAGACUCAGGGUCGGCAUCCCUGCCCCCACCACAGCAGCCCCCCCCCCCUCCACCUCCAGCCUCUCGCCCGGCCCCCUACCCGAAUCCUACCACCACCCGGGGGGACCGCAAGCAAAAGAAGAGAGACCAGAACAAGUCAGCAGCUCUGAGGUACCGCCAGAGGAAGCGGGCAGAGGGCGAGGCCCUGGAGGGCGAGUGCCAGGGGCUGGAGGCUCGAAACCGGGAGUUGAGGGAGAGGGCUGAGUCGGUAGAGCGCGAGAUCCAGUAUGUCAAGGAUCUGCUCAUUGAGGUGUAUAAGGCUCGGAGCCAGAGGACCCGGAACAGCUAGAGGGGCUUUGGGCUGUAGGGGCACUGGCCUUCAUCUCUGGCUCACCUCUAUUUCUGGGGCUGGGGCCGGAGGAUCCCACCAUCCCCUUUCUGACUAUCUCCCCCUCCCUCUCCUUUUAUCUUUGACUGCUCUCGUCCAUUUCUAAAUUUGCCCCCCUUCUCCCACCCAGAAUCCUGGAAUGUCUGGCCUUACUCAACAUCUCCACUUCUCAAGUAACAGCUGGGGGGCUGGGGGCCCAGAGACGGGGAGCUUGCAACCCUGGUCUCUCAAUCAGGGAAGUGAGGCCAGGAAGCUAUGCAGAAUGAAUGUGGAACAAGGGGAGCCCCCUGGGGAUGUGAGCCAGGGAGGGUCUUAAUGGCCCCCGUAUAAUA